CGUCUGUUGGCACCACUAGCAACAAUAAAUAUACGAAAAUCAGCACGUGUCAGACAUCAAACGUCAAGAAUUUUCCGAAUUUAACUUUUCGCAUGACACAUGCAAUACAAAAGUGCUAUUAUUGGAUAUGCACAUUUGACUAAUAAUAAAAAUGGAACAAAACAAUGAUUUAGAAUAUUUGAAGCAAUUAGUAGCUGAAUACGAUGUUGUUGUACCAGCAAUUACAGAACAACUUAAUUUUUAUAAGGGAGAAUAUGCAAGUUUAAAGAGAGAAAUUACGGCUCUAAGUCAAGAAAACAAAGUUUUGUAUGAAAAGUUAGAGGACUGUGCGAGAAAUCACAUGGCAGUCACACCAUACAGUUUUAAAGAAGAUGAUUUGAUUGAUAAUUUAAAAAAUCAAUUAAAUUUGUCACUAAAAGAAAAGGAAUCUGUUGUGGAAUUAUGGAGAACAUCAAUGACACGAAUCGACUAUUUAGAAAAUGAACUCAAAAUCUAUUCCGCUGGUUCAGAUAGCGCGAACAAAAGUUUCAUUCGUAAGAUGAAGAAAACUUAUGAAAAUGAAGUAAAGAACCUUCGCUCGAAAUUAAAAGAGUCACAACAUCAACUUCUGGAAACAGCAAAUGUUUCUAAAACCCCUUUGGCUAGCAAAAAGGACGAACUAGAAACUUUGAACAAAUCUCAGCAAGAAUUACAGUGUCAAAUUCAAAAACUAACAGAUCAAUUAGAACAAUCGCAUCUUAAACAUGGCGAUCUCACCAAAACAAAUGAAAACUUAAAAUUGAAUCUUUCUAAAGAAAUAAAAAGAGUUGAAGAAAUAAAAUUGGAAAAUUAUAAUGCCAAAUUAAAAGUUGCAGAAGCGUGUCACAUCAUAGAAGCAGCUCUUAUCGAAAAAGAUGCAGCUCUGCAACGAGAAGUCGAAGCGAGAGAAGAAAUCAAUAAAUUAACGACGACUAUCAAUGAUAUUGUACAAGAAACUGAGAGUAAAGUAAAAUCAGACAUUUCUGUGGUGAAAGAAGAGUUUGCCAAUAAACUGCAUUCAUACAAAUUAGACUUGAAGAAAUGCCAAGAGGAUUUGGCACUGAAGACGUUAGAGCGUGAUAAGAGAAAUGAAUUAUGCAAAGAGUUGCAAAGUGAGAUUGAUGAAUUGAAAGAAGGUAAAAACAAAGUUUUGAAAAAUGUGCAUAAAGAAAAGCAAGUGUGGAGUGGAAAAGUUGUACACAACAAAGAAAAAUUGGAAAACGCAGAACGUAAAAAUGCGCAACUGAAACAACAACUUAAACAUUUCCAAGAGACUAUUGAUAAAAGCAAACAACUACACAGUGAUGAGCUGUGUAAAUUAGAAAUGGAAAAGAAAAGUCUGUUUGCACAGAUUCAUACAUUAGAAAAUGAUCUUCAAAUGAGCAAUGCACGCUUCCAACAAGUAAGUGCCAAAGUGGAAGAUUUAAGUCGACGUAUCAGCUCCAUGGAUUUACAAUUUAAAGAAGAACUGGCCCUGAAAAAUGCAGAAAGCGAACGAACAUUAACUGAAAGAUUAAACGAAGUGGAAUGCGUUAAUGCACGAAUUAAUGAAGAAUUUAAAGCACAGCUUUCGGCUCAAAUCAAUUUAAAUCAAAAGUGGAAGUUUGAAGUUAGGAAUGUAACAGAAAAGUUAGAAACUAGAAUUCAUGCUUUAAAAAAUGAACUUAUCAAGUUGAAAGGUAAAAAUUCAGAGUUAUUAAGGAAACUUGAACAUUCCGAAACCAAAAGAUUAGAAUACAAAGAAAAUUUGAAAACCCUUUGCACAGAAUUUAAUGCAAUUGCAAAUGUUAGAAUUUAAAUGAUUGUUAUUUUAAUGUAUAUUUAGUUGCCUAUUCAAUUAUAUUAACAACAUGAAUCAGA